CCCUCCUAUGUGCGAGUGCCAUACGCCCUCUUAUGACAGCGCUGGUCCAUUGGUGGUGUUGUUUUUCUCCAAACUUUAUUAAUUACAUUUUCUCCGCCUUUGCAAAAAAAAAAAAAAGACGUGCAGAGGCAGCUCUGUACAAUGUAAUGUAAUUGGUUAAACAUUUAACAUACAACAGCAACUUAAAAAGAAAAAAACAUUUGGGAAUGGUUAUAUAAUCGAAGGUUAUUUUUAUUUAGUUAUUUUUAUUUUUUUUAAAUGCUCUGUCAUGUUUUGCUGUUCCGCACCUCAGUGACACAAAGUUUGUCCAAAUGGUGUUGCCCUACAUGGUCCACUGCAGAUCUACUUGUUUUUUCUCCUUCCCCAAACAACUAACUGCACAAAAUCUACCUCAGUUUGUAUCGAACGGGCCGAAUCCUCGUCACUAGCGGAAAGUGUUGGGAAAAUGUGUGCGAGGAGGACACCAGAGUACGAAAAGGAACUUUGGGGACCAAAAGAGGAGAAGGAGCCACGUCAACUACUGGACGCUGUGUUCAAUCUGCAGCCUCCAACUGUUCAACGCAGAGCAGACAUCAGUGGAAAUCUUUGUACUGAGCGGCAGGUGCCAGAUCCCCCUCACAUUAAAGAGGAGGUGGAGGAGGAGGAUAUUACCAAGUUGCCAUUCACUGGUCUCCGUUUGAAGACUGAAGAUAAAGAUGAAGGUCAAAGUGAGGAGAACCGAGGGUCGGAGCAGACAAGCAGCAACUCAAGUCAACACAUGACCGCAGAAGGUGAUGGAGAACACUGUGGAGGAUCACAAGAAGAUGGACUCAUCGCUCCAUUGUCAGAUAGUGAUGACCUGACAUCACACUCUUCUGACUAUGAUGAUGAUGAACAGUCUGAAGGUGAUAUGACAGGUCACACUGACAACAAACAAUGGGAAUGUUCUCAGUGUGGGAAAACCUUUGCUUAUAGUAGCCGUUUGAAACGACACAAAAGAACACACACGGGUGAGAAACCUUUUGCCUGCUCAGUUUGUAGUAAAAGAUUUUCUCAGAAGGAACACUUAAGGAGUCACACAAGUACUCACACUGGUGAGAAACCUCUUGUCUGCUCAGUCUGCGGUCAAAGAUUCUCCCAUAAGGGAAGCCUUAUUAUACACACAAGGACCCAUACUGGACAAAAACCUUUUUCCUGCUCAGUUUGUAGUCAAAGAUUCACUCAGAAGGGAGACUUAAGAAAACACAACAGAACCCACACUGGAGAGAAACCCUUUUCCUGCUUAGUGUGUGGUCAAAGAUUCUCUGUAAAGGGAACCUUAAAAGCGCACACAAGAACACACACUGGAGAGAAACCCUUUGCCUGCUCGGUUUGUGGCCAAAGAUUCUCUCAUAAGGGAAGCAUGAAAAUACACACAAGAACCCAUACUGGAGAGAAACCUUUUCCCUGCUCAGUUUGUGGUCAAAGAUUCUCUCGUAGGGGAAGCUUAAGAAUACACACAAGAACCCAUACUGGAGAGAAACCUUUUCCCUGCUCAGUUUGUGGUCAAAGAUUCUCUAAUAGGGGAAACUUAAGUAUGCACACACGAACCCAUACUGGUGAGAAACCUUUUCCCUGCUCACUUUGUGGUCAAAGAUUCCCUCUCAAGGAAAGCUUAAAAAGACACAUUAGAGCACAUACUGGAGAAAAACCCUUUGCCUGCUCAGUUUGUGGUCAUAGGUUCUCCAUAAAGGGAAACUUAAAAGCACACAUCAGAACUCACAAAGGCAAAGGGGACGCUUGAAAAUACACACAAGAACCCACACUGGUGAUUAAACCAUUUUCCUGCUCAGUUUGUUCCAAAAGAUUCACUCAGAAGGGACAGUUUAAUACACACAUAAGAACCCACACUGAUGAGAAUCCUUUUGCCUGCGCUAUUUGUGGUCAAAGAUUCUCUAGUAUGUAUGGGGCUAAGACACACAAGUGUGCUGCUGAGAAUGGCGGUGAUCAGAAAGCUUAGGUUAGGUUUAUUUGAUUAGCUUUCAUUCAGAGAAUAAUUUCAGAAAAGCAACAAAGGAUGAAGCCAUGGCUUAUGCCUGCACUGAGCUUUACAAAACAAAAAACAAACAAAAAAUCCAUCAAUGGACCAACACAAAUUUCAAUAUCUGACACGAGUGAAAUUAGGCAGUAAUAGAACACAUAUUUUGGCUAUUUAGACCUCUAUAGAGUGACUCUCUAACAUGGACCAAGUAUAAAAGAGUCGAUUUCAUUGUCAUACUAAUGUCCAGAAAAGGCUCCUCUGACAGCGACUUCUGUUUGACCCAGUUUUGUAUCCGCUUUGUCUGUAUUUGUCUGAUGUCUAAGACCCUCCCUUUCCCUCUGAUUGGUUGCCUCUGUGUAGAAGACCCACUUGUGAGAGCACACGUGUUUAUGUUGGCGGCACUGGCUCUGGAGCGGAGCGGUAGGCGGAGAUCUUCGCUAGUGACGUAGAUCAGCUUGAGAAAUUCUAAUUACCUGAUUUCAGGCCUCUCGGCAGAAAAGCCUCUGGAACUCAGCAAUGCGACGACCAUUUUAAUUAAUAGUACAUGAGUACUGAGGCGCCAUAGAGCCAAUAUUGCAUCCCAAAUACCCCCAAAAAAGUUGGUGUCUUUAAAAUAUGGCACCUUUCAACAAACAAAAAAACAAGCUUAGCACAAAUUUGUCGAAAAAGUCAAAGUAACAGGACUUUUCAUUUAUACCUUGGUCAGAUAUUUUUUCAGUACUUUAGUUUUUAAGUGGCUAAAUAAUGCAUUUGUUGCUUCUGGGUAUUUAGAUUGGUUAAUUAUUUUUUUGGUCUUUUCUUUUGUAACUUAAACAUGGGCUAAGAAUUGGUUUUGUAUGUUGCCCCAUGUCUCAACACCGUAAGUCAUGUAUGGAAGUAAUAGUGAGCAGUAAAGUGUAUAUAAAGAUUUCAUCUUGAGAACAUCCGUGGUCUUAUAGUUUUUUACCUUUUGUUUUUAACGUUGUCUUAAUGUGGCUUCCAACAAAGCUUGGCAUCAAUAAUCACUAAAAAAAAAUUAUUCUUGUACCAUAUAAUCUUUCUAUCUCAAUGUAAUAUGCUGUGAGUUUAAUCUGGUGUUUAAUUUUUUUAGUGGCAAAAAUGAUCAACUUUUUGUUUAAAUUUAGUGUUUAUAUUAAACCAGUUUUUCAAUGUCUUUUAGUUCAUUUUCCACAGUAUUCAGAAGCGGUUGCAGGUUUUUGUCUGUAUCAGCAAAUAAAACGCAUUUGAGUACUUAAGAGACAUUGCAGCUCAUUGAUUGAUUGAUUAUCAUUGAGAUAUAAUGUGAAUCAUUUGGGGCCUAAUACAGACCCUUGGGGAACCCCAUACACUUGUCCACAGCAGGUUUUGUAUAGUUUGGAUUUUUCAUUGUUAAAUUGCACAUAUUUAUAUCGAUCAUCCAAAUAAUUCACUUACAAUAUUUGCCUACCCUCUUAUACCAUAGCAGUUUUUUUCCAUUAAUAUAGUAUGAUCCAGAGUGUUAAAAGCUUUUUUUCAGAUCUAUUAAAAUGUCAACAGUGAAUUCUUCAUUAUCUACUGUAUGCUAGUAGAUAUCCCUACCACAAAAUUCCAUAACUGCCAUUGAGGUGGUCCUUUAUGCGCCAAAACCAAAUUUAUUUUCAUUUGUAAGAUAUAUUAUGUAUGUACAUAUAUUAUGUACUUCCCGAAGAAUUUUUUAACCACAUUUUUUAGAACUGUGGAAGUAGAGAUAUUGGUCUAUAGUGAGUAAAUUGAUGUUUAACUAGCUGUUUUCAUUUUUGAAAUGAAUAAAUGGCAAUUUGAAUAGAUUACAGAUGUGAACGUGCUCGAUAAUACUUUUUACUAAUAUCAAUAUAACAAUCAGUGGAUUUUUUGGGGGAAUUUUACAAUUUCUAGUAUUGUUUGCAGUGUUAAUAAACAGGAUGUUUUUUAUUUAUAUAUAUAUAUAUAUAUAUAUAUACACUAUAUUUCUUGGCUCUGGAAUUUCUUUUGCUGGGUCACAACCAAUAUGAACAAAAAUAUUACAUUUAUUAGAUAUAUCUCUAAAGUUUUCCGCAACAUUUUUAUCUUUUGUAAAAUAUUCUGGAUAUUCAACAUUUAUGGAACAAUUUUACGAUUUAAUACCCCACAUUUCUUGUGUAUUGCUCUUCUUUUACGCCAGUAGCGUGUGAUAAUGUUCGUUCUUGCUUAUUCAUAAAACAUCUCAUUUAUUUUUACAUUUUGUACUUUAUUUCAACAUAUUUUGUCCUUAACUUUAUAAAUAUUGUAAUUUUUUUUUUUCUUUUUGCAUGCAUGCGCUAUGCCUUUUGUAAUCCAAGGCGUUUUAAAACAAUGCUGUUUCCUGGUAACUGUUUCUAAUGGACAAUGUUUCUCAUAUACAGUAAACCCACAUUCUUGUAUUACCACAUUUAUCUUCAUGUUGUCUUUGUCUUUUCUAAAAACCUGCUGUGGACAAGUGUUGAAUUGGCACUGGUGCCAAAAUACUUCAAGCAAUGCAUGCAGUUUGUCCAAUGUUUUAGUGAUGUCAAUAUCAAAUAAGCGAAUGAUUGAUUGAAAUGGACUGUAAAGAAACUUUGACCUUUGGUGGUCAACUGUAAAGUGCUUAUGUGAUCCUAAAUAAAACUGUAAGAGUAACUCAA